CAGACAAUUUGGAGAAACACUUUUGGUGAUUUUGUGUUUGUGAACAUUAUUACUGAGAAGAAGAAGAUUAAAGAUUUACUGAGACCAAAUAUUAAAGCUUCUUUUCUCCCAGUACUUGUUAUUCAACCCUGCCAGUAUUCACUGGCCCUUCUAAAAGAGGCUAGCAAACAAAGAAUGAUGAAUAAGCACUUUUCCUGGUGGAUUUUCUUCAAUUUAUCCAUGGAAAAUUUUGAUAUAAAAAUUGACAGCAGUCGCUCUCUAACUGAAGAACUAAAGAACAUUUUUGGGCCUCUUCAGGUA